AUGAAGAGCAACUUGGUCAGAAGCUUCGUGCCUUGGCUGGUCCUUCUCCUGUGGAGCCUGCGGUCUGCAGCUUCUCAAGCAGUUUGUGCAGGCACCCUGAAUGGUCUUAGCGUCACGGGAGAUUCCCACCAGACAUACCAGACGCUACAGAAAAUGUACAACAACUGUGAGAUCGUCAUGGGCAACCUUGAGAUUGUGCUCAUCGAAAGAAAUUCGGACCUCUCAUUCUUACAGGCUAUCCGAGAAGUGACUGGCUACGUUCUGAUCGCCAUGAACAUCUUCACCUAUCUGCCGCUGCAGAACCUGCGCAUAAUACGAGGGAUGCAGCACUAUGACGACUCUGGUGACAAGUACGCCCUCUACAUCCUCCUCAACUAUGGAAAAAAUGCCACACAUGGCCUACAGCAGUUGGGCUUCAAUCAACUCACAGAAAUCCUGUCUGGGGGUGUCUACAUUGGGAGGAACCAGCAGUUGUGUCAUGCGGAUACUAUCAAUUGGGGAGACAUCGUCCGGGAUCCAAGCUACCCUACAGUGAUCCAAAAGAACGCAGACAAGUGUUCUCCAUGUCAUGAGAGCUGCAAUGGUCACUGCUGGGGGCCUGGUCCUAAUAACUGUCAAACAUUGACCAAGACCAUCUGUGCCCCCCAGUGCAAUGAGCGCUGCUUUGGCCCCAACCCCAAUGAAUGCUGCCACGACGAAUGUGCAGGAGGCUGUACUGGCCCACUGAAGACAGAGUGUUUUGCCUGCCGGCAGGUCAAUGACAAUGGGGCCUGUGAAACACGCUGCCCUCUUCCGUUGAUCUACAACAAGCUCACCUUCCAACUGGAGCCAAACCCGGAUGCCAAAUACCAGUAUGGUGGCGUAUGCGUCAAAAACUGCCCCCAUAAUUUUGUGGUGGAUCAGAGCUUGUGCAUCCGGACCUGCCCUAAUCACAAAAUGGAAGUGGAAAAAGGCGGCCGCAAGAUCUGUGAGCCUUGCGUGGGGCUCUGCCCAAAAGCUUGUGAAGGGACUGGAAUUGGAAGCAAGUAUCAGACAGUGGAUUCCAGCAAUAUUGACAGCUUUAUCAACUGCACAAAAAUCUUGGGCAACCUGGACUUCCUUAUCACUGGUCUUGUAGGAGACCGCUGGCACAACAUAGCUCCCCUGGACCCAGAAAAACUCAACAUCUUCCAGACUGUGCGAGAGAUCACAGGUUACCUGAACAUCCAGUCGUGGCCCAAACACAUGCACAACUUCAGCGUCUUCUCCAACUUGGAAAUCAUAGGUGGACGCAGCUUGUAUAACCGUGGCUUUUCGCUGCUGAUCAUGAAGAACAUGAAUGUGACCUCUUUGGACUUCCGCUCGCUUAGGGAGAUCAGUGCCGGCAAGGUCUACAUCGCUGAGAACCGGCAGCUUUGCUAUUACAACACGGUCAACUGGGAACGUCUCUCCCGACGGCGUUCGGACCUUGACAUCAAGAGCAACAAACCUGCCAGGAAAUGCACCCAAGAGGGGAAGGUCUGUCAUCCUCUUUGCUCCACCGAUGGCUGUUGGGGUCCUGACCCAGAUCAGUGUGUCUCCUGCCUUAACUACAGCCGUGAUGGAACCUGUGUUGACUCCUGCAGCUUCUACGAGGGGGAUGUUCGAGAAUUUGCACAAGACGGGGCGUGCUUCCCAUGUCACCCGCAGUGCCAGAAGAUUGAAGGAGGCCUAACCUGCAAUGGAUCGGGUGCUGAUGCCUGUAUGCAUUGUGCUAACUACCAGGAUGGGCCGCACUGUGUAGAAAACUGCCCUGCAGGCAUCGUAGGGGUAAAGGGGCUCAUCUUCAAGUACCCCUAUGCCAACAAUGAGUGCCGGUCGUGCCAUGAGAACUGCACACAGGGGUGUGAUGGACCACAGCUUGAAGAUUGCUUCAUGGAGGAACUGCCUGUUCACAGGGUAGCUCCGACAGUGAUUGCUUUGACGGUUGUGGGCUGCCUCUUUGCCAUGUGUUCCUGCAUCUUACUCACCUUUCUGUAUUGCCGUGGCAAGAAGAUUCAGAAGAAGCGAGCCAUGCGCAGAUACCUGGAGAGAGGAGAGAGUUUGGAGCCCCUGGAUCCCAGCGAGAAAGCCAAUAAAGUCCUGGCUCGAAUCUUCAAGGAGACAGAAUUAAAGAAGCUGAAAGUUUUAGGAUCCGGAGUGUUUGGGACAGUGCACAAAGGUGUCUGGAUUCCAGAAGGAGACUCCAUCAAGAUCCCUGUCAGCAUCAAAGUCAUCCAAGACCCAAGUGGCCGGCAGACAUUCCAUGCUGUCACAGAUCACAUGAUGGCGAUAGGUAGCCUGGACCAUGCUUACAUUGUCCGUCUCCUGGGUAUCUGUACUGGCACCCAACUGCAACUGGUCACCCAGUACCUCGACCUCGGCUCGCUGCUGGAGUAUGUCCGCAAAAACAAAGAUGCCAUUGGCCCACAGCUGAUGCUCAACUGGUGUGUGCAGAUUGCCAAGGGCAUGUAUUACCUGGAGGAACACCGCAUGGUCCAUCGCAACCUUGCCGCUCGCAACGUUUUGGUAAAAUCCCCUAGCCAGGUACAGGUGGCAGAUUUUGGCAUUGCCGACUUGCUGUAUCCAGAUGACAAGAAAUACUUCUACAAUGAGAUCAAGACACCGAUAAAAUGGAUGGCUUUGGAGAGCAUACAUUUUGGAAAAUAUACACAUCAAAGUGACGUGUGGAGUUACGGAGUGACAUUGUGGGAGAUGAUGACCUUUGGAAAUGAGCCUUAUGGCGGAAUCCACCUUUCAGAAGUUCCUGACCUUUUGGAGAAAGGGGAGCGCCUCUCGCAGCCCCAGAUCUGCACCAUUGAUGUCUACAUGGUGAUGGUAAAAUGUUGGAUGAUUGACGAGAACAUCCGCCCCACCUUCAAAGAGCUAGCCAAUGAGUUCACACGUAUGGCUCGUGACCCCCCUCGCUACCUGGUGAUUAAGAGAGAGAGUGGGCCACUUCCCCAAGUUGAGCCACCCACACUCACUGAAAAGGAGCUAGACGAGAUGGAGACACUGGAAGUGGAGACAGAGUUGGAGGAGGAGGAGCUUAAUAACCUUUUUGCGUCCAGGCAGUGGAUUGACUCCAUGCGGAGCCCAAAUCUUCUGAAUCCUUCUGCUGGAUACAUCCCCAUGAAUCAGAGCAGCCUCAGUGGAAAUCGCCAGAGCGCUGGACUGGGCUCCCGGCAGACCUUGCGGAUAAGGCAGGAGUCAAUGGGCCGCACGGUGUCGGAGUCCUCAGAGGGACGGGGCACAACCUCUGAAUACGACCUCACUGAGGACCUGUCGUUGUCCGGGAGCCUGUGCCGCAGCUUGCGAUCACGGGGAGACAGCGCCUACCUGUCUCAGCGAGAGAGCUUGAUGCUCCCAAUGGGGAGUGCCGAUGGAGAGGAAGAUGCCAAUGGCUACGUCAUGCCAGAUCAAAACGGCAGAGAGCGUGCUGCUUGUAUUGCUGCCUCCUUGGUCCGUGGCUCAAUCCCGGUGUACGAAGUGGAUGAAGAGUACGAGUACAUGAACCGGAGAGCUCCACAGGCUCCAAAGGCCCGGCCAGCCUCUCUGGAGGAGCUUGGCUAUGAGUACAUGGAUCUGGGCUCUGAGCUGAGCACAUCUUUGGGCAGUGUGCCAAGCUCCCAGCUCACCACGCCUUGCCGGGACGAGGACGAGGAUGAGGAAGACUAUGAGUACAUGAACAAACAGCCCAAGCUCAGCAAGUCCCUGAGCAGCAUCCGCAGUUCCCGGGGGGACUAUACGGAUAUGGACUCCGGCAUCACACAGGGCUCCCCAGACGAACAGGGCUACGAGGAAAUGGAUGCUGUCUUGCCCCCAGUGCAGUGCCCUGGCUGCCAGAGUCCGCCCUGCCCCAAGAACGGAUUUGUGAAGCCCCUACGUACUUUGGAGGCCUCGGACUGUGCUUUCGACAACCCAGAUUACUGGCACAGCCGGUUGUUCAGUCAGGCGGAUGUUCAGAGGACUUAGCGAGCGUUGGACUGGUGGUUUCAUUCGUCCUUUUGCUUGGGAGUAAAAACCCGAGCCCUUACUCUUUAUCGCUGCCAACACCAUUGUUGUGAUGGUGGGCUGAAAAAAGGGAAAACACCCAUUAAGCCUCUGUGACGUUGACCCUAUAAUGGGCAAGUGUAUCGAGACCAACCGGCGCUGGGCUUCUCAAGGGUUGGAUGGCAGCUCCCCCUGCCUUGCACUGUGUUUUGACCGAUUACAAGUCAGGUCUCUUCUGUUCAAAUGCUCUGGACUUAAGAGGGCAAACGGAACCCUCUGAUCGGGCACAACCAAAACUCUGGGAGCCAUUCCCGUGCAAAGAGAGAGGGCUUAUUCUGCGAUAAGAGGACAGAUAAGUGACUGCUUAUGUGGACACGAAGGCGUCUGCGCUCAGGUGGAUAUGACACACUCUCUUCAGGAAUCAGCUCUGUUCUAGAAAGCCGGGUAGAGUCUUCUGGGCUGACCCACCAAAGUGCCAAGUGCCCUACUGUACAGGGUCCUCAGCAACAGCUGAAGUCUUUGGGGUGCCUGUUUCGGCCUUCGUCAAGACAACCCUCUGCCCACCAAUAGCAGGGGGGCGUUAAGUAUGAGGCAUGCGUGCUGAGCCUUGUAGGAGGCUGCAAAGACUGCAGGGAAGGCCUUCUCAAGGAAGAAGUCUUGCUUAUGUGUCUUCCCAACAAUAUAUGCAAUAAGGGUGGAUAUGAAGGAAAAUGGUGCUCCCCCCCUCCAUGAGCCUGACAACUUCAUUUAGGAAGACAGUGUACCCAAGUGUGGGUCUGAGAUAAAGACUUGUGGGCUGCAAUCCUACCUCUCAGUAAGACUUAAGGUGUAGAAAAUGUGUGUUAGAACCCAGAGCUCCUGGGUUUUGUUUUCAGCUCUGUCACUGGUUUUUCAGCGUUCCGUUAGCAACCCUUCUUGUGCCUUAUCAGUUCCCAUAUCAGGAUGGGAGACCCUUGAGGAGGGAGGAGUGGAAAGGGAACAAACAUGCUAGAGACUUCCACCUCUAGCAUUAGAUGCUCAUUACUGCAGGCCGACCUAAAUUUUCUCCAGCCCGUGGAAGAUCUAGUAUGGAUCUCGAGUAUCCCAGAACGAAAAGCAGGAGAGAGCAAUGGAACGGAAUGCAGCAGAGCGGCCUAUAGAAAAGCAGCCUUCUCCGCAUUCUCUCCCUCGGUUAAAGGGAUUAUGGGAUGCUUCUCGGGAUAGGUGCCAGGCAGACUUGCAAGCUACUCCUGCUGAACUUUCCUCUUCUACACAACUGUGAGAAGGUACAGGGUCCCUGCCCUCUUCUCCCUCUGGCCACCCUAGGGCUCAGUAAAAAGGACAGCAGCAGCAACUCACGAUGCAAUCCUACACGUCUACUCAGAGGUAAGCCCCACUGAGUUCAAUGGGGCUUAUGUCCAAGUAAGUGGGUAUAGGAUUACAGGCUGAAAUCCGUGACAAGACCACGGAGAUGAGUUUUAGUGCUGAAGCUCAGGAGUGCUGUGCGAAAGGCUGAAAAGUUGCACUAUGAGCCUUAAUGAUGUUACUCUUUAAUUCUUUUGAACCAGGCUCACUUACAUUAGAGUAUUAUUUGGGAACAAACUUCUCUCUUCCAUCACCCCACCCUACCCUGAGGGCCAGUUGUAUUGUGCACAACCUUGACUUUGUUCCCACAAGUUUUAGAUUGCGUCAUAUAAAGGGAUAUUUACAAAAAAAAAAAAAAAAGGGAACAUCAAACCUGAUGAAGAAAAAAAGAAGUUUGCGAGGGAAGCUCUGCAAUUGAUCUCAAUGCAUUGUCUGAGUCCUGUAAGGUUCCUAAACUGUAGUUUCAACAGCAGAUUCCUCCUUUAUGUAGUUGGCCUGCAUUCUGGAUAGGCUCCUAAAUUGCAUCACAGAGCACUUUUUGGGCGACAAAAAUUAUCCAGAAGGUUCUGAGGCCUCCUGUUUGGCCUCCAGGCUUUUCAUAUGAAUUGCAAAUAUGUGACUGAACUUUUGUUUUUGUUUUUAUUGUAAUGCAUAUUUUGUAUUGUAUAUGUAAUCAAUGCGCUGAUGAAUUCCAUUGCAAAAAGAAAGGUUUGUAUGGAAUGUAGCAACCUUUCCAUCCUCCUUUAAUCUUAUUUGGUCCGAACAAAUGAGAAUGUGUGACAGAUGAGAGCAAAUUCCACACUCUGCCUACAUAAGACCAGUACCACGCAUUUCCAUGUUUUCCUCAAACUUAAAAAGCCUAGAAGAUUGCUGUGCAUUUAAACUGAACGCUGAGAUUGACUGACUGGAUUCUGAGGGAGCAAUCUGAUUCUGACUUGCAAGUUCUUAGACUUUGUGCUUACAAGGUACUCUAUCCCCUGAGAGUUGCUUCUCUCCUCAUUGUGGGAAACAUCAGGAACCGAUUGAACAAAUUUAAGUCUCUGUCUGGGUUAUAAUUCUACAGGGUGUGGUGAUAUCUUUAGAGCUGACUAGCAGCCAAAUAUACAUGGGUCCUGCCAACAGCACUGGUACCUGAGCAGAGUGACAUCCCAACCAGAGAUUGUACAGUAUUGGUUAAUACCAGAGAAGGGCACUAGAUAUGCUAUUUGACUGCCCUCUGCAGGAAAGAAAAAUCUUGCUAUUUAACAUGCUUACCAUAGGGACAAAUUCACUGAAAUGAAAUCUUUCUCAAGAGAAGUUGUUGUUGCCUUUCAACAUAAAUAUAUGUUGAUAGAUAAGUUUAAAGAGCUGGAGCAUUUUUAAUGCAGUAGUAAAUAAACCUUGUGUACUCUGCAAUCCUGGCAGUAACAUUGAAGGGAACUUACUUCUGAGUAAAGACGCCUAGGAUUGUGGUGUAAAGUUCUAAAACCAGAGUCACACCAGAAUCCUGUAAUACAAUGGAAGGUCUCUUGGUUUAAUUCUAGAACCAAGAAACUUCAUCCAGUGCAACUCAAGACUAGAAACCUGCUACUCAGUAGAAUCCUUUGUUGUGGUAGGGCUUAAUUUUAACAUAACCCAUCCCGCCUUGCAGCAGCGACAACAAAAUGCUAGCAAUUUAUUCUGAAACAACACCUUGGAACAAAGCUGAAGUUAGCUUGGCUGGAGUUCUGCAGCAGAGCUUGAUUGUUAAUAGUAGCAGUGAAACCAGUUUUGGAUUAAAUUUCAGACAGAUCUGUAUCUGUUUAGAUUUGGACACCUGAAAAUACAAAGAGACAAAGUUCAGUGCUGCCUUGAUGCUUACGCCACCACAAUAUUUGUGCAAGGUGUUUAUAAAAAUGUUGGUGAGAACCAUGGGCUUAUUCCAGAGAAAGUUAAAUGUGCUGGAACGCAACAGCUGGACUUUGGCAAGCUUAAUAAUACUUUGGUUUUGCAUACUGAGUCUCAGAACAUUGCAAUUCAUAUUUUUUUGCUCCCAAACAGUCCUGGUAAGGGCUACCAAGUGGCCAGUGAAAAAAUGGGCUGGCCUGCUCCUGUGCAUUUUAAUUGAAGUUCAUAUGCAGGAACUAGCACAUGAAGCUUUUCGUGGCAUAGAGAUAAACAUCAUCAUUUGUUAAUUAAUGCAAAUCAAACUACUUUUUAAGAGGUCCAGUUUAAAGCCUGGUAACUGUUCAGCAGCUUCAGACUUGAGAGGUCUCUUGGACCUGGUAAGAGUCAUGUGGAAGGGACUAAUUCAUCAGCUUCUGCCUUCAUGACAUGUAUGUGCAAGGAACAGCCACGCUUUGUCAAACUUCUCUAUUCUGUGCUCCAUCCUGUGCAUUGUUAUUUGAAAUAAUGGGCCUUAUUUAAUAAUAAAACAUGCAUAAGACUGCAGACUUAGAAGUCCAAGAGCCUCAUGGGAGCUGGGCCUCCUGGGUACGCUUGCUAAAAAGCAGGUACAGAAUGAUGUGACGAGAACAAAGGGGACACAUUUCCCUUUCCAUCUCCAUGUUUUGAAUGUGGAAGAGACAUAUUUUGUUCUAAUGGGCUCAACCCUGAGAAAGGUUUGAACCAUAGUCAAACAGAGGAGGUGGAAAAACCAGAGUUAAAGCACAACAAACUCUGUGGACAAGGUUAUAAGAUGGAGGUUUCAGCUCCAUUAUUUACCUCAAUUUUUGUUGCUCUUCUCAUUAGUGAGACAUCUGUGAUAUGAAUUGGUUGAGGAUAACAGCCAAACUAAGGAACACUGGGACAAUUAAACUAACAAACGCCAAUUGUUACACACGAUGAUGCACAAGAAACAAAAAGCAUUGACUCAACCCCAUUGGACUGACGUAGCUUGAGUGUUUUUUGUUUGCGUCUUUGUAUUUGUAGAGUAAAAGUGUCACAUUUUAUUUUUUUUGCCCCAAAUCUUGAUGUGUAUAUUGUCUGUCAUAAAUGUCAUGUUGGGUUGUUUUGGUUUUAUGCCAUGCUUUGAAACUGGUGACAUGAAGGUUUUUUCCCCUCUCUAAAAAAAACCAACACCACCAAAAACUGGAAGGAAUUCAGAUGUUUACACACUUUAAAUUGCUUUCUGCAAUGCCCCAGCUAUCAUUUAACAAGCCGUAAUAGCAGUGUUUUAAAAAAACAAACAAAUCGAGACACCGCUAUUGUCAUUAGCUAGGCCACCGGAGAACUCCUGUUCCCAAGAUGUAAGCAAAUUGGAAGGAAGGUGAUGGGCCUUGAUCACGGUCAUAAGGAGAGAUGUCUCAGAUGGGUUUAUUUGAUACUGCUUUCUGUGCCCAAAUCGAAUGUUUACUAAGAAACCUGAAUCUAGCAGGCAACAGAUGCUCAUGGAAACGGCAUAAGGUUUCCACAUUUUUUCCUGGCCCCAUUCCUGUCUCUUUAGCAGCAGCUUCAGACACUGAAAGUGAGUAGAAGCAGCAUUUUCUGCCAUGGAGAAAUAAGCCUUAUCUGAGUUAAAUAAGACUUCCUAGCAGGAAGGGAUAGAAUGGCAGCCAAAGUGAUAUAGAAAAGAUGCUUAGUUUGUGUACAUCAGGCUGCUGUCAAAGCCACAGGAGCAAGGCCAUUAAAAAAAAAAAUCAAAUCUGGCAAACCUAAGUGUUAGAAAAUUAUAUAAUAAGAUACUCUGGCAUCAGUUGUAACAUAAACCUUCCUCGGGCCAAUUUUUUUUCAUUAAAAAAAAAACACCUUAGCUUGCUAAUAUACAGAGUAAAGUUGGCUCCAUAACAAACCUUUUUUUAGUUAUUUCAAACGUAACCUGUCUGGAGGCAGUGCUUUCAGCACUUUCAUUUUUUAGGUAAAGCUCAGUGUGGUUGCCUGUCAGAGCAGAAGGCAAAUUUUUUCUUUUUUAUUUACUUUAAUGCCUGACACACUCAGUCCACGCUGAAGUUCUCUCUGAAGGCCGACAGCUUCACAACAUUGGUUUUAUUUCCUCGGAGAAUACUGAGAAUUGUCAUUUGGUGCUGAUUAUAAUUGUAGUUUUGGUGCUGGUUAUAAUUUAAAGUGCUUCCCUGCCAAACUACAAUUCCCAAGGUCUUUCUCAAGUGAAGAGAGGAAUAAUGGUUAAACUAGUUUGUGGAUAGACUCUUCAUCAUCUUAUCUACUGAGUGUGGACGUCGUUGAGCUUUUUUGAAGGAAGUUCCUCAUAAGCUUUGUGGCAACAGGUACAGGUAUGUUUUUAGGGCUAGAGUUCAGACCUCUUUUCCUUGCAGAGCAAGUGUUGAAUAUGAAUUACCUUCUAAGCUAGAAUGACCCAGUUCUUGCUGACAGAGGCUCUAUCUGUUACUGAAGACCUCAAAAAAAUAAAAGUUUGUGUGUGCUUGAAUACUAAAUAAAAAAAUGUGACAUUA